UCCACCAUCCAACUGAGUGGAUUUUAUUUAGUUGUUCGAUUUGUUAGAAGACAAUUUCAUAUAUCAGAUUCCUCCAUUUGAUUUUGUAUUUUAGCUCCGCGUUUCUACACUUAUAGGUAUUAUGGUAAAGUGAAUGGCGAAAUUUAAAGUCAGAAAAUUCAUCACCAGAAACGUGGGUACGGCUUCACAUCUGUGUCGAUAUCGUCGCCGGAUCAUGUUCAUCUGCUCGCCGUGCUUUGUGCUUAUCCCAGUGUACAUCUAUGUGUCAGUGGCUUUGACCUAUGCCAUGAAACACGGCAUGUCCAACAUUCAACCCGUACCUUUGCUACCGACACGCUUUAUUGCCACCGGGCUGAGCUUCUCUAAAGAUCUGGCUCCUCACCCUGAAAAGUGCUUUUGGAGAACUGAACUAGAUAGUGGAGCACUGUGGAACUUUAUCCAGCACAUCGCAGACCGCCGAAACAACCCGAUCCUAAAGCCAGCACUGAUCGCUGCUUCUGUAAACCCCAGCAACAUUCCUGACGAUAGAGAAAGAUCCAUUGGGAGUGCUGGAUCCUGUUCCCCAGAUUAUGAGAUUCUUAAUUUAAUGCCAGAUUACGAAACGUUUUCCAACCAGAUGAAAAAUUUUGUCAUGUCUAUGCACUGUCGAGACUAUCCACUGAUCCUGGAGCCUCGAGAUGUUUGCGACCACGGGCCCCUGGCAAAGACUCGGGCUCCGAUGUUGCUCCUGGCCAUCAAAACUCAAAGCGCAAACUUUGAGAACCGGGAGGCCAUUAGACAGACUUGGGGGCGUUCGGGAAGGGUGAAGGGACGGGAGAAAGAAGGGGGGCUUGUUCGCAGGGUUUUCCUUUUGGGGAUGACCAAAGACUCGCAUACCGAAAAAAAAUUAAGACUUGAGAGUAGGCUAUUCGGUGACAUCAUCCAAUGGGAUUUCACAGACACUUUCUUUAAUCUUACACUAAAGGAUGUGUUGUUCUGGGAGUGGUUCUCAAGGCGCUGUCCACACGCCCGUUUCAUCUUUAAGGGUGAUGAUGAUGUGUUUGUUAGGACGCCUGCUAUCCUGGACUAUCUGCAGGCUGAGGAGGAGAAGACUGGAACGGCUACGACUACGAAAAGAUCUACACAAUCAAACAAGAUACAGUUUGUUGUGGGUGAUGUAAUAAGGAACGCAGCGCCUUUGCGGUCGAACGAUACAAAGUAUUACGUCCCAAAGAGCUUCUACAAAGGGCUGUACCCAACAUAUCCAGGUGGAGGAGGCGUGGUGUAUUCCGGUUCUCUGGCCCAUAAGCUCUUUGAGGUGUCACAGAGGGUUCAUCUCUUUCCCAUUGAUGAUGUCUAUCUGGGCAUGUGCCUGCAGAGACUGGGCGUCCCACCUAUCAACCAUCCUGCCUUCCUCACAUUUGACUUUCCUAAAGAUGAACCUAUAGAUCCCUGUGCAAACCACACCAUCCUCCUGGUCCACAAGCGCAGCCCAACGGACAUGUUCCAGCUCUGGACUGAAACAUCAGCACCCAGCCCUGAAUGCAGAAACACGGCACUGAGAGUCAAACCUGGAGUCAAUUAAGGCUGUUCUUAACAGGUUUUCUCAGUUAUGAUAAUCCGACAAGUUUGGACAGCCAGUAUUUAAAUGACUUUCAACCUUUCGGGAGCGAAACCCAGCUUCUCACAGAGAUUUAGACUGUUUUCUGACUGAAACACUUAUCUACUAUAAUGCAUUGCAUGAUGUUUUCUACGAGUUUGAAAUAAGGUUGAUUGUUUUGUACAGUGGUUUAAAGGGUAGUUCAAUCAAAAGUGAUAAUUCCAUCAUUAUUUACUCGUCUCGUCAUUUCAAACCAUUUUGACCUUCUUUCUUCCGCAGAACACAGAAAAAGAUUGUUUGAAAAAUGUUGGAAACCACAAACCGAAGGUACCCAUUCACUUUUAUUUUAUGUACAUUAAACCAAUGCAAGUCAAUGGGUACCAUCGAUUUUCUGUUACCAACAUUAUUUAAAAUAUCUGCAAAAGAAAAUCGGUUUAAAAUGACAAAAGGUUUGACUGAAUUUUAGUUUUUGGGUAAACUGCCCCUUAACAUUUUUGUAAUGUUUCUCUUUUUCACUGCAACACCAUUUAACAAAUGUGCUGUUGCAGUUUUGCUAGACUCUCAAGUCAUCUGUAAGUUUAAGUAGAAAAGAAAAAACAAGAAAUGGUAAUUGUUCCUCUUUUAGUGUGUUUUUAAAUCUAAAUUACUGGGUGAA